AUGUCGGAUAGCUCAAACCUCAAACCACUUCCCCUUGAACUCUCCAUGAAAUUAAAAAAGCGCGGAAACCGGAGCGGGGCAGGUGGCAAUCUUUUUUGCUCGAGUUACCGGGAGAUCGCGCAUAACUUCCGCUUGGAGUUCACGUUUGCGCAGCUGGAGGAAAGCGCGGGGUCCGUGCGCUCGGUCCUUUCCGCAAGGCCUGGCCCCCAGCGUGGGGCAGCCGGGCCAAGUGAGUCCUGGACCGAGAACUGGAAUCCCAAAGCCUCGGCCCGCUGCGGGGAGAUGACCUCGGCUUCCAUCGCACUGAAGGGCCCUGCCCAAGAGCAGGGCGGAGGCCUCAGCCUCUCCUGGCCGGUCACCGGCUGGCCAACUUCUGGAAACAUCACUGGCCCCCCAGAAGCCAGCAGCGGCACCCCCACCCCUAGCCUGGCGGAAGGACUUUCCGGGCUAGAGAAUGGAGCAGCCACCUCACACCGAGGUUGUGUUUCAGAUCCAAAGCCCAAGAAGAGAAAGGGGGUGAACUGCUUCAUGGUCAUGGUGGCCAUCUACCUGAUUCUGCUCACCGCAGGUGCUGGGUUGCUGGUGGUGAAAGUUCUGAAUCUGCAGGAGCGGCUCUGGGCCCUAGAGACUCACUUCACCAAUGGAACACUGGCCGCCGAGGAUGGCCUGUCCUUCUCUUUGCUCCAGUCAAUGCCCAUCCCACACCUCCCUGGGGGCACAUUGGGGCUGCAGGUCCUGCAGGCCCAGAUCACCCAGGUUCGCACCAGGCAGGAGCACCUGUUACGGAAGGUGGACAACUUCACUCGGAGCCCAGAGCUGUUCCGGGUCAAAGGGGAGCGAGGCGCUCCAGGCCCCCCAGGACUCCAGGGCCCGCCUGGAAUCAAGGGAGACGCAGGACUCCAAGGACCCAACGGUGCUCCAGGGAAACAGGGAGCCCCUGGCACCCCAGGACAGCAGGGAGAGAAGGGGAGCAAAGGCGAUGGGGGUCUCAUUGGCCUGAAGGGGGAACCUGGAGCUAAGGGCGACAAAGGAGACCUGGGUCUCCCAGGAAGCAAAGGGGACAUGGGCAUGAAAGGUGACACAGGGGUCAUGGGCCCCCCCGGAGCCCAGGGCAGUAAAGGUGACUCAGGGAAGCCAGGCCCCCCAGGUGUGGCUGGAUCUCCUGGAAUGAAAGGAGAUCAAGGACAACCUGGAGCGAAGGGUCUUCCUGGCUCUCCGGGCACGGCGGGAUCCGCUGGGGCCAAGGGGGAGCCUGGCAGUGCUGGCUCCCCGGGACUAGCAGGACCAGCAGGGAGACCCGGGAGUCCUGGAGCCAACGGCGUGAAAGGAAGCAAGGGGGACCCAGGACUUCAAGGACAGAAAGGAACAAAAGGAGAACCAGGAGCUCCAGGUCCUGCGGGCAUGAAGGGACAAAUGGGAAACCCGGGCCUGGUAGGCCUCCAGGGUCCACCUGGACUGAAAGGCCAAAAGGGAGAGCCAGGGGCAAAAGGAUCUUCUGGAGCGCAGGGAAUACAGGGAGAAAACGGUGAAUCUGGACUCAGUUAUCCGGUGCACCUGGCCAGGAUUAUCGGCACUAGGAACCGAGGCCGGGCUGAAGUUUACUACAAUGGUGUCUGGGGGACCAUCUGUGAUGAUGGCUGGGAAAAUUCAGAUGCCACUGUCUUCUGCCGCAUGCUGGGCUACUCCAGUGGAAUAGCCAUUACCAAAAUACCACCUGGCAGUGGGGAAAUCUGGCUGGAUGACGUUUCCUGUCGAGGGACAGAGAUGAGCCUCUGGAGUUGCCAAAAAAGCAACUGGGGCUCUCACAACUGCAACCACAAUGAGGAUGCUGGCGUGGAAUGCAGAUGA